GUUGUAGUCCUGCGCGGCUGCAGGGCGGGCAGCGGGGCGCUGCCGGCAGCCAUUACCGGGAGCGCGGAGCCGCCGCCGUCGCCUUGCCUCGCUCCGCGGCCCCGCCGCCGCGCGGGGAGGGGCCGCCAUGGCGGCGUAGCCUCGCCCCCGCCCGCCCUUUCUUCCCCCGCUGCGGGCGCUGAAGGCGCGGCGGCGGCGCGGCCUAGCGCGGAGGGUGGAUCCCCGGCCUCGCGUAGCGGCUGCUGCCCGCCAAGGGCCGCCCUCCCCGGGGCCAUGUCCCUCGUGGCCUACGCCAGCAGCGAGGAGGACAGCGAUGCCGAGGAGCCUGCGGGCGAGGAGGAGGAAGCCGCCGACUCUCCCUCAGCCGCAGCCGAGCAGCCCUCAUCGCGGGGGCUCUUCGCCGCGCUGCCCCCGCCCAGAGCCCCCGCGGUGCCCCCGGCGUUCCUCAUGGGCCCCCCGCCCACCGUGAGCGGCUUCGGCAGCGCCGCGCCGGGCCCGGCCGGGCCCCAGAGCCCCUCGGAGCCGGCUGCCAGCGGGGACGGGGCCGCAGAGCCCCCCCGGCCGAGGGGGCUCCUCCUGCCGCCCCCCAGGAACGCGGGCACCGCCGCCUCCCCCCUCAGCCCGCCCCCCGCUGCCUCCCCCGGGGCGGGCUUGGGCCUCCCCAAGCCAAAGAAGAGGACGGAGCCGGUGCGGAUCGCGGCGCCCGAGCUGCACAAGGGGGAUUCAGAUUCAGAGGAAGAUGAACCAGCAAAGAAAAAAAAUACUCUUCAGGGACGCAGCCAGGGCUCCGGCUUGUCCGCUUUGCUUCCUGAGCCCAAAAACAUGACAGUGAAAGAGACCAAUCGCUUACUCCUGCCCUACUCCAUCUCGAGGAAAGCAGGAGAAAACUCCUCCGACUCCAAGCCUGCCAAGACCCCGAGCUCCUCCUCCAAAUCCAAACCCCUUCCCAAGCCGGCCGUGCCCACGACUCCGUCCCCGUCGGCCAUCAAAGCCGCGGCCAAGAGCGCGGCGCUGCAGGUAACCAAGCAGAUCACCCAGGAGGAGGAGGACAGCGACGAGGAGGUGCAGCCAGAGAACUACUUCUCCUUGUCCGACAGGAGCGAGCCCAGCGCCGCGGGCACCGAGCCCUACGUGUACCCGGGCACGGCGGGGUCGGAGGACCCUCCUCCGGGCACGGAGCCGGAGCCGCAGUUCCAGGACGCGGCCGCUAACGCCCCUCUGGAGUUCAAGACAGGCCUGGGCUCCAGUGGAGUUCAGCACAGCUGGGCACCCAAAGCUGGGGAGGACUACAGCAGCCAGCCCUACGGGCAGUUCCCCGCUGCCUACGGCGAGCCCGGGGGCUACUACCAGGAUUACUACAGCAGUGGGUACUACCCCGAGGUGGAGCCAGCCCAGGCCUCACCCCAGGAGAGCAGCACCGACUCCUCCUUCAUCGACGACGAAGCGUUCAAACGGCUGCAGGGCAAGCGGAAUCGUGGGAGGGAGGAGAUCAACUUCGUGGACAUCAAAGGUGACGACCAGCUGAGCGGGGCCCAGCAGUGGCUGACCAAAUCCCUGACAGAGGAGAAGACCAUGAAGUCAUUCAGCAAGAAAAAAGGAGAUCAGCCCACAGGACAGCAGAGGAGGAAACACCAGAUCACAUACCUGAUCCAUCAGGCCAAGGAGAGGGAGCUGGAACUGAAAAACACAUGGUCUGAAAACAAGCUGAGCAGAAGGCAGACUCAAGCCAAGUACGGAUUCUGACACAUCUGUGCUGCUCUUUGGCUGGCAGCCCGGGUGACCUGCUGUGUCUGGUGGCCUCCUGGAGAUCAGCCAGGCCCCAGGAUGGGGCUGGGAGGACACUGCACUCCCUGGCCUGGCAGGAAGAAGGGUCAUUGCAAGCAGGUUCCUGAAACUCCACCUGUAAUCCUUCCCCUCCCUCCUUGUAAACGAUAACGUGGGAGGUUCCCGUCGGCCAAGGACGGUCCCGAGGCACCGCGGGGAACGUGCUGGGUGUGAGGCUGCAGCUCCUGUCCUGAGGGAACAGGCUGUGCCUCCUGACCCUUCAGCAGAGGCUCAAUAAACUCCCAGUUCCCACGUUGCUCCUCUCUUGGACUUGCUGUGCAUUGAGAGUUUCAUUUUCCUUUCUAAAACACGGUGAGUUCCAAGAGCAAGCCUGGCUUUGGAAUUUUUAUUUUGGUCCUUACCUUUAAGAUGUCCUCACAGCUGUUUCCUCGUGUCUGGGCUGCUCCAGCACUCCUCUCAUGUCAAUAAUUUUGAAUAAUUUUGAUAUCCUGGUUUUUAAUUGGGUGUUUUUGCUCUGGGCUCCAGAGGCUGAGCCGUGCUGAGGGGUCAGAGCCUGUGCCAGGGGAAGCACCACGCAUGGAGGAGAGCUUCUCCUGCUGGCACACUCAGGGCUUUGGGAUACCCUGAGCCAUGUGUGCAUGUAUAUUGUCCUUCUUUUCCCUCCUCUUUCCUCCUCCCCCAGCCCAAGGCUCCUGCCCUGCCCCAGGCUGUUCUCAGACCCAUCCAAGUGAGCAUCCCAGUGUCCCACGUGUGGCAGCCUGGGACUGAGCUCUGCAGUUUCCUCUGGCCAGACAGAGGAGAGCUGCCAACUGUAAUUUUUUUUUUCCAGCUUGUUUGUAUCAAUUCUGUUUCAAUUAAGUGUUGACUUUACCCUCCUGGCUGGGAAGGGGAGACUGCCCAGCCCUAAUUUCUUCAAAUCAAACCUGUUUUUUUUUUUAUUUAAGGAAUUCUGUCAAGGUGCUGCGACUGCAAAUCCUGUGCAGCUCUGCUGGCCCAGUCCAUGGAUCCAAAUCUGUGGCAUCACUUUGUUGUUCACCAAAGCAUGUGAUGCUGAAGGGAGCAGAGAGCUGGCCUGGUUAUUUAACUUAUAUUCCCACCAGUCUGGGUUUUAUUUGGCUCAAAUGGCCAAUAUUUGUUAUUCUGGUAAGAACAACUCCCAAGAGGUGGUUUUUCUCCCAUGUUACCUCUUAAAAACAGGCAAACCCCCAUGACUGAAGCCUUUUCUUAAAGCAUUUUAAACUAAUCUCAUUUUUAGUUUAGCUCCCUGUAUGUUUAGUACUUUGCAGAGCCUGUUUUGAGUAUUUGAAUGAUCAGAAUAAAGUUACUGUUGAGUAAUUUA